GCCAAUGGGCAGAGCGCGCGGGGGACGUGUUCGGGCGUCUCCGCCAUUUUGUGAGUCUAUAACUCGGAGCCGUUGAGUUGGUUCCUGCUAUUCCGGCGUCUCCACUCCGUCCCCCGCGGGUCUCCUCUGUGUGCAAUGGACGGCAUUGUCCCAGAGAUAGCAGUUGGUACAAAGCGGGGGUCUGACGAGCUCUUCUCUGCCUGCGUCACUAACGGACCCUUUAUCAUGAGCAGCAGCGCGGCCUCUGCAGCAAACGGGAACGACAGCAAGAAGUUCAAAGGUGACAGCAGGAGUACAGGUGCACCCUCCAGGGUGAUCCAUCUCCGCAAGCUGCCUGGUGACGUCACCGAGGGCGAGGUCAUCUCCCUGGGGCUGCCCUUCGGGAAGGUGACAAACCUUCUGAUGCUGAAAGGGAAAAACCAGGCCUUCAUCGAGAUGAACACAGAGGAGGCCGCCAACACCAUGGUGAACUACUACACCUCGGUGACGCCAGUGCUCCGCGGCCAGCCCAUCUACAUCCAGUUCUCCAACCACAAGGAGCUGAAGACGGACAGCUCGCCCAACCAGGCGCGGGCCCAGGCAGCCCUGCAGGCCGUGAACUCCGUGCAGUCAGGGAACCUGGCCCUGGCUGCCUCGGCUGCGGCAGCGGACGCCGGCAUGGCGAUGGCCGGGCAGAGCCCAGUGCUGAGGAUCAUUGUGGAGAACCUCUUCUACCCAGUGACCCUGGAUGUGCUGCACCAGAUCUUCUCCAAGUUCGGCACCGUCCUGAAGAUCAUCACCUUCACCAAGAACAACCAGUUUCAGGCACUGCUCCAGUACGCGGACCCUGUGAGCGCCCAGCACGCCAAGCUGUCACUGGACGGGCAGAAUAUCUACAAUGCCUGCUGCACGCUGCGCAUCGACUUCUCCAAGCUCACCAGCCUCAAUGUCAAGUACAACAACGAUAAGAGCCGAGACUACACACGCCCUGACCUGCCCUCGGGUGACAGCCAGCCCUCGCUGGACCAGACCAUGGCUGCCGCCUUUGGUGCGCCUGGUAUAAUGUCAGCCUCUCCGUAUGCAGGAGCUGGUUUCCCUCCCACCUUUGCCAUCCCUCAAGCUGCAGGUCUGUCAGUUCCGAAUGUGCACGGGGCUCUGGCCCCCCUGGCUAUCCCCUCAGCGGCAGCGGCUGCUGCAGCAGGCCGGAUUGCCAUCCCUGGCCUGGCAGGUGCAGGCAACUCUGUCCUGUUGGUCAGCAACCUCAGCCCCGAGAGAGUCACACCCCAAAGCCUCUUUAUUCUUUUCGGCGUGUAUGGGGAUGUGCAGCGGGUGAAGAUCCUGUUCAACAAGAAGGAGAACGCCCUGGUGCAGAUGGCAGACGGGAGCCAGGCCCAGCUGGCCAUGAGCCACCUCAAUGGGCACAAACUGCAUGGGAAGCCUGUGCGCAUCACGCUGUCCAAGCACCAGAAUGUGCAGCUGCCCCGUGAGGGCCAGGAGGACCAGGGCCUCACCAAGGACUAUGGCAACUCACCACUGCACCGUUUCAAGAAGCCUGGCUCCAAGAACUUCCAGAACAUUUUCCCGCCCUCAGCCACCCUGCACCUGUCCAAUAUCCCGCCCUCCGUGUCUGAGGAUGACCUCAAGGCGCUGUUUUCCAGCAAUGGCGGGAUCGUGAAGGGGUUCAAGUUCUUCCAGAAGGACCGCAAGAUGGCGCUGAUCCAGAUGGGCUCCGUGGAGGAGGCCAUCCAGGCCCUCAUCGACCUGCACAACCAUGACCUGGGCGAGAACCACCACCUGCGUGUGUCCUUCUCCAAGUCCACCAUCUAGGCUGGGACCUCCCGCCGGGCCGGCCACACUUCCGUCAUUCCAGAAGAAAGCCACUUUAAAGCAGCUGAAGUGACCUUAAAAGACCAGAGAUUUUAUUUUUUUAAAGAGAAAUCAGUUUACCUGUUUUUAAAAAAAUUAAAUGGAAUUCACCUUGCUCACCUCGGGGAGUCGGGUGCCGGCCCCUGGGCUCUCGGCGGCGACACGUGGACAGUGCGCCAGCUCCCCGCCCCGGCCCUCCCAGUGCCUUCUGCGGCCUCUGCGGGUCGGGCGCUCCCAAACCUCACUCGACUCUCCCGUGCCUUAAGCCUGCUGCUCCAGCAGGGCCUUCUUGGGUAGCAAAAGUGUGGGGGUUCGGGGGAGCAGGCCCUUCCGUGGGGUCCUGUGGCGGGAGGCUGUGUGGCAGGUCUGGCCCACACCCCCACCCACUCAAUUAAGCGUGUGAUUCCCCUACCCCAGGCAAACCCGGGGCGCCCCAUCAGCUUCAGCUUUGGAGCUCUGGUUCACCGUAGUCUCUGUAUCAGCUUCAAUACAGACAUCUGUGCCUAGCGAUAUUUCCAGUGACCAAAUAUUCUAAUCUUUUUUUCAUUUAUAUGCAAAAAAAUAGUUUUGAGUAACUUUUUAUAUAGCAAGAUAAAGGUGGUCUGAGUAACAUACGCUUCCUCUGUGUGACCUUGCAUACUGUACUCCUUUUAUCCGAGCCGCAGGGCAGACGUGAUGAGCUGGGGCCCAGGCCUUGGCCCACCCAUCUGAGACCCCCAGAUGCCUUACCCUGACCGCCGUCCACCCAGGAGGACAAGCACUCUUAAACUUCCAGGGUUGCUUGCUUUCUGCAAAUUUUGGACCAAAGUUUUGUUUCUGUUUUUUGUCUGCCUCUGAUGCUGGGACCCCAGAAGGGGGGGUCUCCUACACGUUGUCCUGUGCUCGGGUCCCGUGCUGGCCAUCCUCUCCCUGGGGUCCAGACCCCAAAAUUUCCAUUAUUGGGGUGGAACAAGGGUGUAAAUAUUUAUAAUUUUUUUAUACCUGUUGUAAGACGUGAGGGGCAACAAACACGGUUUUUUAUGGGACACAGAUGUAUAUUUUGAUAACAGCAAUUACAGGCUCAGUAUUGUAUUGCGGGGCCCAGCACAUCCCUGCCGCCUGACGGCUUGUAAUGUGGAGAGAACCGAAUUAAAGCGAUUUUACCACAGUU